UAUUGCUUACCUUGGUGUGCACGCGGUAGGGAUCCCGUCGUUACCCUUCUUCGUUCGAAUUUCUCGUUUGCCGACAAAGAGAGGUUGAUGGGGCCUUGGGAUCCAUGCUGCCACGGCGGAGAGGGGCGAAGAAGCUCGGGCUUGGUAAUGUCGAUGAGAUCCGCUUGAUUCCUUCUCUGUUGGUGUCUUGGAUCCAUAUCAUUGUGCUUGCUUUGGUCGGAGGAGGAGGAAGAGAUGGGAUGGAAGUACAAGGCCGGGCUUAUGCUCACUGGGGCUGUGGUUGUGAUCUGGGUCACUUCCGCUGAAGUCACGCAGGGUAUAUUUACAGACUACAAACAACCAUUUGCUGUUACUUAUCUGGGAGCUUCUCUUAUGAUUAUUUAUCUCCCAAUAGCAUUUUUGAAGGAUUGGAUGUGCAAUGCACUAAGGAAACGUCGCUCUGGGACUGGACCUUCUGGAGUUGAAUUGCCUCUUAAAUUUGUUGGUAAACAGAAAAACUUGGAAAUGGAAUCACUGAUCCCGAUAGCCAGAAAAGACAGUGAAGUAGACCUCAGUGCUCACGAGGAGGAAUCACCAUAUCUAGUUAAAGUUGGAAAUGAAUCAGAUCAAGGGCACAAAGAAAACAAAGAAAUGACAACCAGAGAAGUUGUUAUCUGUGCAUUUUACCUUGCACCCAUUUGGUUUGUGACAGAGUACCUAUCGAACGCAGCACUUGCACGGACUAGUGUUGCAAGUACAACUGUACUAUCAUCAACAUCAGGACUCUUUACACUCUUCAUUGGUGUUCUUCUGGGCCAAGAUUCUUUGAAUGUAGGGAAGGUGGUUGCUGUUUUUAUUAGCAUGGCUGGUGUUGCAAUGACAACUCUGGGCAAGACUUGGGCAACUGAUGAACUACAAUUGAACCCUUCUGGGGGUGGAGAACGUUCUUUCGUAGGAGAUCUUUUUGGUCUUCUUUCUGCUAUUUCAUAUGGCUUAUUUACCGUGCUUCUCAAAAAGUUCUCUGGAGAGGAAGGGGAGAGGGCUGAUGUUCAAAAGUUGUUUGGAUAUGUUGGAUUGUUCACUUUAGUUGCCCUCUGGUGGCUUGUAUGGCCAUUGACUGCAUUGGGGAUUGAACCUAAGUUUACUAUACCUCACUCUCUUAAAAUGGACGAAGUAGUUCUUGCUAAUGGUCUUGUUGGCAGUGUACUCUCAGACUAUUUCUGGGCAUUGUCUGUUGUUUGGACCACUCCGUUGGUGGCUACAUUGGGCAUGUCCCUCACUAUACCACUUGCCAUGGUCGCUGAUAUGGUGAUUCAUGGUCGUCACUAUUCAGCAGUAUAUAUACUAGGUUCAGUUCAGGUUUUUGCUGGCUUUGUUAUAGCUAACGUUUCCGAGAAGUUAUCUCGGCUCUUCGGGUUGUGACGAUUGCUCUGCUGUAAAUUAGUGUUGUAUGAUUCAUUGAAAUUGUGAUUCUUUUCGUCAAGUGAUUUGUUAUAGACCAAGUUUUCGGUUUCUGCGGGUGCUGUCAAAGUGUAAUUAUUUCAUUUUAUUCAAAAUUUUGUUGGAAUUUGCCAAGAAUUGGUUCUUCUUUGUCAUUGCUGUUGUUCAUUGAGGUCAUGUGUUUGAAAUGUUUAUCACAUGUAUAUAAAGGUUUUUCUUGGUUGAUUUA